UACACAAGUCUGCAUUUGUAUCGACGCCCACAACUCAUGGGCUCCUGUUUCCUCUUGUUUCUUGAUUUCUACUUGUGUACUACAUUUAUAUGUACGCCAAAAUCGUCUUGAGGUACGUUGUACAACAGCAAUCUUACCAAACAUUCUUGCCGACUGGUGGUCUGGCGUCGCGAACACCGGGAUUAAAUCAGCCGGAUUGCAUGGUCACUGCCAAUAUAGUUUCGAGAUCACCAGCAGUUAUAUCGAGGCCAUGCAUUUAAUUACCACUACGAUCGUCAUCUUAUCGGCUUUCGGGGCCGCUUUUGGCAGGCUGGAGUGUACUAUUGCCAGACCUCAUGGAAUGUGCGGUACUCCGACCCCAGGCGGAUUAAGGUUGAUCAUGUCUAAUUUAACGCCAACGUAUGAGGCUGACCCUCUGGUCUAUGCUGGCUGUCAAACUACUCCUUACUGUGGCGAUGAUUGGAUGUGGAAAAGGGUGGAUGCUGCGAUGGGCAGUGGUGAGGGCAUUCCAAAGGAUGCAACUUUCGACCAACACUGCCAGGAGAUGCCAAAAUAAUCCGGAAAGCGUUCAAAUCUGGGCGCCUUUUGAGACUCCUAUAUUCUUGUCUAUCUACUAGCUCAUAGCUACUAACCGAAUCGAUUGUCGUGAAAUGAGCACUUUAUCAGGAAAUCUUUGCGCUGUGAUCUGUUGGGCCCUUUGUAUGCGUCUAUCGCUUAUUUCACUUGCCGCUGUUUUCCUUUCUUUUCCCCCGAGCCUCCCGUUCAUUUCACUUGAAACCAGCGACUAGACCUCUUUUGGGACUCGAUUGUGAAGUCUUUGUUGAAACUUGACACCUGG